AUCUCCUCGCUCGCUCGCUCGCUCGGCGACCUCCGCCGAUCCGCUCGCCCUCCCCCGCCGUCGCCAUGGACGAAGCCAAGGUUGUGGAGGCCAAGGAUGGAACCAUCGCGGUUGCUUCUGCAUUUCCUGGUCAUCAGGAAGCUGUACAGGACAGGGAUCACAAGUUCCUAUCAAAAGCUGUUGAAGAAGCUUACCGAGGAGUGGACUGUGGCCAUGGAGGUCCAUUUGGUGCAGUGGUUGUCUGCAAUGACGAAGUGAUAGUUAGUUGCCAUAACAUGGUUCUAAAUUACACUGAUCCAACUGCGCACGCUGAAGUAACUGCAAUAAGAGAGGCUUGCAAAAAGCUUGGGAAACUUGAGCUCUCCGAUUGCGAAAUGUAUGCGUCCUGCGAACCUUGCCCCAUGUGCUUUGGUGCUGUUCAUCUAUCCCGGAUCAAGAGGCUGGUGUAUGGGGCCAAGGCAGAAGCUGCUAUUGCCAUUGGAUUCGAUGACUUCAUUGCUGAUGCUCUCAGAGGAACUGGGUUCUACCAGAAGGCCAACAUGGAGAUAAAGCGCGCAGAUGGCAAUGGAGCUCUGCUUGCUGAACAAGUCUUCGAGAACACUAAGGAGAAAUUUCGAAUGUACUAAUGUGUAGUUUAAUUGAGAAGACUUUGAUUUCAAAGCCCUUGAUGUUCAUAACAAAUAAUGUAACUUCAACAUUAUGUCAUUGGUGAUGGGCCGCAAACUAUAAUUUGAAUAUAAUACAUUGAUCCUCAUUGUGCUUCAA